AAGAGCAUGCAAGUUCUGUCUAUCAUUGUCUAGAAUAAACUCAAAAAAGUUACAACUCUUUUUUGUCACAAAUUCUACUUCUUUUAUACAUUUGCACUUGAACUAAGGGCAGUAAUACUUACAAGUUGCAAAGUAUUUGGUGAACAUAGGUUCCUUGUGAAGUGAAUUUGUAGUGAAAACUCAAAACUAUGGCAUGGUUUAGAGUUGCUACUGCUAUAACUAAAAGGAAACUUCUUCAAAGAAGUGCAUGGAAUUUUGCACCAAGAAUUCAAGUACUUUCUUCACAACAGAAAACCUUUCAUGCCACAAAUUUCACACCAAAAUCACAAGCUGUUGCUCCUAAUAAGCCAAGCCCUGUGCCUCUUUCAAGGCUCACAGAUAGCUUCUUGUAUGGAAGCAGCAGCACAUACUUGGAGGAGCUUCAAAAGGCAUGGGAAGCCGAUCCGAGCAGUGUCGACGAGUCGUGGGACAUCUUCUUUAGAAACUACAUAGGCCAUGACACCUCAAGAAUCUCUCAGGUUUCAACCAAACAGAUUCAAGAGAGCAUGAGUUUGAUGUUGUUGGUAAGAGCUUAUCAAAUGUAUGGUCACAUGAUAGCAAAAUUAGACCCUUUAGAAUUGGGACAAAGACAGAUUCCUCAAGAACUUGAUCCUGCAAACUAUGGCUUCACUGAAUCUGAUCUUGACAGAGAAUUCUUCUUAGGGGCAUGGAAGAUUUCAGGGAUCUUAUCCGAGAAUCAACCGGUUCGGACCCUUAGGUCCAUCCUAACAAGGCUUGAAAAGGCCUAUUGUGGCACCAUUGGGUAUGAAUACAUGCACAUUGCAGACACUGAGAAAUGCAAUUGGCUAAGAGACAGAAUUGAAAGUGAAGAAACUGCGAAAUUCGACAGAGAACAUUGCUUGGUGAUCCUAGAAAGGCUUGCUUGGAGUUUGAAGUAUGAGAUGUUCCUUGGCACCAAGUGGAGUUCAGCUAAGAGAUUCGGCCUAGAAGGCGCCGAAACACUGAUUCCAGGCUUGCAGGAAGUGAUAGACAGAGCUGCAGAUUUCGGAGCUGAAAAUGUAGUUUUAGGCACAACACAUAGAGGCAGAGUUAAUGCUUUAGGCACAGUGGUUAAGAUGCCGUUGCGCAGAAUCUUCUGCGAAUUCAACGGCACCUUAAACUCGCCGGACGAAAGAGGAUACACUGGAACUGGUGAUGUUAAGCACCAUUUAGGUGCCUCUUAUGAUCAUAAAACUCGAAAUUCGAAGAAUGUGCAUAUUUCAUUAGUACCAAAUCCUAGUCACUUAGAAGCAGUGGAUCCUGUGGUAGAAGGAAAAACUAGAGCUAAACAAUAUUUUUCAAAUGAUUCUGAAAGAAUCAAGAACAUUAGUAUUUUGAUUCAUGGAGAUGGUAGUUUACCAGGACAAGGUGUAGCAUAUGAAAGUUUGCAUCUAAGUGCUCUUCCAAAUUAUUCUACUGGUGGAACUGUUCAUCUAGUCCUCAACAAUCAAGUUGCUUUUACAACUGAUCCAGAUUCUGGAAGAUCUUCUCAGUAUUGUACUGAUAUUGCAAAAGCCUUCGAUUCGCCGGUUUUCCAUGUAAAUGGGGAUGACAUGGAAGCUGUCGCGCGCGCCUGCCAGCUGGCAGCCGAGUGGCGACAGACUUUCCAUUCAGAUGCUAUGGUUGAUGUGGUUUGUUAUCGCAGAUUCGGCCACAAUGAAGUUGAUGAGCCAUUUCUUACACAACCUAUGAUGUAUAAGGUUAUUAAGAACCAUCCUACAGCUCUAGAUUUCUAUGAAAAGAAACUUGUAGAAUCAGGAGUAGUGACACAAGAAGAGGUUGAUGGAAUACACAACAAGAUUAAUAAAAUCCUCAAUGAUGAGUUCUUGGCCAGCAAAGAUCAUGUUCCGGAUCGAAAGGAUUGGCUUUCUGCAAAUUGGACCGGAUUCAAGUCACCUGAUCAACUUUCACCAAUUAGAAACACAGGGGUGAAGAUAGGGACAUUGAAGAAAAUUGGCAAGUCAAUUACAACUCUACCAGAUAAUAUUACACCUCAUAGAGCAGUGAAAAAGUUCUAUGAACAAAGGGUUCAGAUGCUAGAGAGUGGAGAAGGCAUAGAUUGGGGUUUUGCAGAAGCACUUGCUUUUGCUACUUUAAUAGCAGAAGGUAACCAUGUUAGGCUGAGUGGUCAAGAUGUUGAAAGAGGUACAUUCAGUCAUCGCCACGCAGUAAUUCAUGAUCAACAAACUGGUGUGAAGUAUUGUCCUCUUGAUCAUGUUAAUCCAAACCAAAGAAAAGAAAUGUUCACAGUAUGCAAUAGCACUCUUUCAGAGUUUGGUGUAAUGGGAUUUGAAUUUGGUUACUCACUGGAAAAUCCACAUUCCUUGGUGAUGUGGGAAGCUCAGUUUGGUGAUUUUGCCAAUGGAGGUCAAGUGAUCAUAGACAAUUUCCUGAGCUCCUGCGAGGCGAAGUGGCUUCGCCAAAACGGCCUUGUUCUGUUGCUUCCUCAUGGUUAUGAUGGCCAAGGACCUGAACACUCAAGUGCAAGAUUGGAACGUUUUCUUCAGAUGAGUAAUGAAAAUCCUUUUGUUAUACCUGAGAUGGAUCCAAAGGUUACCAAGCAAAUCCAGGAAUGUAAUUGGCAAGUUGUUAAUAUCACAACUCCUGCUAAUUACUUCCAUGUUUUGCGCCGCCAGAUACAUAGGGAAUUCAGAAAGCCUCUAAUUGUGAUGUCCCCUAAGAACCUUUUACGUCACAAGGAAUGCAAAUCAAAGAUAUCUGAAUUUGGAGAUGUUGAAGGAAAUGAUGAACAUCAAGAGAGUACCAAAUUUAUGCGCCUUAUAAAGGACAAGAACAACCAUUCUCAAUUGGAAGAGGGUGUUAGAAGAGUUAUUCUCUGCUCUGGAAAGGUAUAUUAUGAUCUUGAUGAAGAACAUGGAAAGAUCAAUGCAAAAGAUAUUGCAAUUUGUAGGGUUGAACAACUUUGUCCCUUUCCAUAUGAUCUCAUUCAACAAGAGUUGAAAAGAUAUCCAAAUGCAGAGGUAGUUUGGUGCCAAGAAGAACCAAUGAACAUGGGAGCAUAUUAUUACAUGUUACCACGUCUUUGGACAAGCAUGAAAACAUUGGGAAGAGGAUCCAUGGAAGACAUCAAAUAUGUUGGUCGUAACCCAUCUGCAGCCACAGCAACAGGGUUCUAUAAGAUUCAUCAGAAGGAGCAGAGUGAGCUUGUUCACAAAGCCAUGCAAAACCAACCAAUUCACUAUCCAUUCUAAAUAUGCAUUUUUCCUUUUAUUAUUAUUAUUAUUAUUGUUAGUAUUUG